AUGGCUGCGGCUGCAGUAGUGCCACGCUUCCGGCUGGAAAAGCGGGAAGUUGGCCAAAUCAAAAGAAGCAAAGCGUUCCAGACCGUGCUGCAAAAGGAAGGCAACGUCACGAAGAGCUCUUACGGGACUGUGCUGAAAGGCCUCAUGCCCUAUGGCCGCUUCUGCGCUCUGAAGAUCUUCAAGGGCAGCAAAGCUAUGAUCUCCUUGAAGCAAGAGGUUCUGAUUUUCAAUCAAAUCAAAGACAAGCUUCAAGAAGGAAUGCGGCAACUCUUUCCUUCCUUGUUAGAAGUCGAAUGCAAACCGCAGCCGUUCCCCUACUUGGCUUUGGAGUUUGCUGGGUCAAGCGUGUCCCAAGUGCUCAUCCAAAAUGGUGCUUUCACUGGAAGUGCAAUGCAGCGCCUAGCCACGCAGCUUAGAUCUGCCCUGCAAGCUUUGCACAGCAUCCGCAUACUUCAUUUGGAUCUCAAACCGGCCAACAUUCUGUGGGUCCAGGAGACUUCAUGCAUGAAACUAGCGGAUUUUGGAAUGCCUGAGAUGAUGGGGAUUGAAGCUGCCUCGAUAAGGUUCGAUGGAUAUGUUAGUGCGCCCUAUAGACCACCUGAGCUGUGGAACACAUCUUCCGUAGACAUUUGCAAGCAUCUGCGCCCAUGUGUCGACAUUUGGUCAUUUGGCUGCGUGCUUUUUGAGUGUGCUACAGCAUCCCCUCUUAUGGCACCUCUUCCUCCAGCUCGCAGCUGCAAUCAUACUGUGAAUGCAUGGUGCCGCUCAUGGGACAGCUUGCGCCAAGCACGGAUGAUGACAGAGCCAGCUGCUCGAAGAUUGCAGGCUCGUAUGUUGAGGUGGGUCUUCAAAGGUAGCAGCUGCAGCGGCGGCAACAAACUCAUGCGUGGAAGGGCAAGAACCGAAAAGAGCGUCUUCUACUCGUUGCUGUGGAUGGCGGAUGUCUUCGCGCCGCACUCGCUUGGGAAAACCUCUUCUGUGAUUGUUUCUGACGUGGCAGCGCCCUUGUCCACAUGGGUUCACUUGGCCGUGCAACGAAGUGGCCAAGAUUUGGAAUUCUUCAUGGACGGAAAACUUGGUGGCAGGGCAGCUGUUCCGGCAGAGCUAACGGAUGAAGUGCUUUCCCAAAGUCGCAUCACGUUGGGUGGCUCGGUGGAUGGAGACCCACAUCGCAAACUCAAGGGCAUGGUGAGCAACAUGCGCCUUACAAGUGAUGCUCUCUACAACAAGUCUAAGCAGUUUGACAUUGAUCCCAAUCUUGACCAGCUGUUGAAGACACGAUUUCUCCUCAAGAGCCAUUUCAUGGAUGCAGUUUCAGGGCGGAGGAUGAGGAAAAGUGGAAAUGUCACCACCAGGUAUGAUGCGGAGAUUCUCAUGGAUACGUGGAAAGCAGAGGGCCUCAUCGACGACGAUCACAACUUCACGCCUCCAAUGAACAUGACGAGGGUAGAAGUGCUGCGUCGUUUGUUUCCUUUCGAAGAUCCCAUCUUUAAGACGGAAUUCUUGGGAGCUUUCUGCGCCAGGGUGGUUCUGCAGAUUCUCAAGGAGAUCACAACUAUCGAGGACCGGUUGAUGGAUGCAGUUCCACUUUGUGAUGAAACGGCCACCAGCCCGCAGUGCUACAAGGCGGUCAGCUAUGCCUUCCGACAAGCUGUCAGCAUUGGCCGGUAUGGGGCGGAGUUACAGCCUCGAUGCGUGCAAACCGUGAAUGAAGACUUCCGCGGGGACUUCAGGUGCAGCGAGCGGCUUGAAGGUCUUUCCUGGGCUUUGGACGGCUUCGCUUCACAAGUUGCGAAGGCCCGUCGCAUUUGCCAUGACAAUGACUUGAGCAGUCCCCUGUUGGACUUAGGAGCCUGUGUCGGCGAGUCCUUAUCAGCCACUGGUUACAUGUUUUCGGCCGCUCUUCUCUUGGAAUCUGCCUUGGGCUUCGAUUGUCCAAAUCCAGAAUUUGAUGAGGAGAGGCCUCUGACCGAGGCGCUCCAACUCACUUGCGCGAGAGAUUCGACCGCCAUUUUUCGGACCACUUUCUUGGCAGGUUCAAAGUCAGUCAGGGCCGCAGGCCAUUGCGGCGGCACAGACACCUUCUGUGGUAGAAGCAUCCUUCGCAGUGCUGCUGCCCUCUCUGGGGUGGGAGAAACUGGAGUUUUCUUGCGAGUCUUUUGCCACGGAGCGACCCCUUGCUGCCAAAAGAAUCCUGACACCGACGAAAUCGAGUGCGAAUGUGAACCCAAGGAUAUCAUUGAGAACAAACGAGAUGACAAGGAUGAUCAGCAGCAAUGUGCCAGGUUCGGGGGUUCAACGGUGAAGCUCUUGGGCUCUGCUGCCCUGGCUGCAACUGAGGCAGAAGGCCAAUGCAAAUUCUCCAAGACAGCAGAAAGCACCUGCCAGACCACGGUGCCAGUAGCUAGGCUUGUCUUGCAACAGCAUACGGCAUACCAAGAUAGCGCAAGAUGGUUUUGGAGUGUAUGCGUGUUUUUCUGA